CUAUUGCUGUGCACUGUUAAGGACAAAAUGAAAUUUCGUGGACAAAGAUAAAAAUUUUGGAUAAUUUGCCCGAUAUAAUUAAACAAAAAAUGUUAACAGUGAAAUUUGCUUUUGUUAACUUGUGAGGACAAAGGAAUUGUCAUGACAUGCUGCAUAACUUCCCUCGAUUCCAGGGGUCAUUAAUUUUACGAUCGUUGGGCAGGACGCUGUGUCAUCGCUAAUGGUUCUCCAAAUGCAGAGAAACAAGUACGUGCAGAGUUCUCUGGUGCACGUGCACCCGCGGCUCCGCGAUUUACUUCGACAUUGACUUCUUUAUAUCGCAGAAAAUAACCAGUAUUUUUUACGUCGAUGCAUACAUUUCUGCUGUCUGUGAAUUAAUGACUCAAUAGUCAAUUCAGAUUUUUUUCUGAGUUAAUGACUCAUAAUCACUGAAUACAAUAGUUCAUAAUUAGCGAUUAUGUUAUUCAUUGGUAAUUAUUUAAUAAUUUCUCCACAUUUAUUGAACACUGCUUUACUAUCGUAUGGGUUAAUAUCUUGUAUCGAGUUUCAUGUCCUCACUAAUUGAUUAAUUAGUGCAAAAUUAUUUCCUCUCACUUUAUCAAAAUUCAAGAUUCAAGAGAAUGCGCUCUCCAAUAAUAAUUUUAUAAUCAUAAUGAGGUUCGAAUAUGCUGCUCCAAUAUUUCGGUUACCUUCGUAACCCCUCGUAUAUCCCCACCAGGUUAAGCACCGUCAACAUGGCGUGUCUCUUCCGCACGUGCAUGCAGUUGAACAUAACCUCACUUUCCAAAAAGACAACUAAAGUCAAUUCUCCCCCCUCCCCCGCCAGAAAACUCAAAAAAUUGAGUUAUAAAAAUUUUUAAAAAUUGUGUGAACACUUUCAUAACCUCCAACCCGCCUUCUGUCCUCCAGGAGUUGAAAAAUUCUGUGAUCAAUGAAAAAAAUGUGAGAAUCAUUGUUUAUAACCUCUAAUGAUAUCCAGCCCCAUUAGAAGCUCCAAACAAUUAAAUAAAUAAAAUCGGAAAAUCAGUGAAGAUAGAAAAAUGGGGGACGCAGACUCAGGUACAGCACCUGGUGCAUCAGGCCCUGUGGACGACGCCUGGUCAUUGAAAAUUCCAGAAUUCAGACCAGAGGACAAUCCAAGUCGUCUCUUGGAGGAGAGUUCCUUCGCGACACUUUUCCCGAAGUACCAGGAGAAAUACCUCAAUGAGUGCUGGCCCCUGGUGCAAAAAGCCCUGGAGGAGCAUGGAAUAAAGGCUGAGCUGGACCUGAUCGAGGGUAGCAUGACAGUGAAAACAACGAGAAAGACCUGGGACCCCUACAUAAUCAUAAAAGCCAGGGACAUGAUCAAGUUGAUGUCUCGAAAGGUGCCCUUCGAACAGGCCGUUCGUGUUCUCAAGGAUGAUGUCAGUGCUGACAUCAUAAAAAUCUCGUCAUUCGUCAGGAACAAGGAGAAAUUCAUUAAGAGGAGGCAGAGGUUGAUUGGACCCAAUGGGUGUACACUGAAAUCUAUUGAACUUCUGACAGGAUGUUAUGUUAUGGUGCAGGGUCAGACAGUGGCUGCUCUGGGCCCACACAAGGGCCUCCAACAAGUCAGAAGAAUCGUGGAGGACACCAUGAAGAACAUCCACCCAAUUUACAACAUCAAAGCGUUGAUGAUCAAACGAGAAUUGGCAAAAGAUCCAAAACUUAAGGACCAGAAUUGGGACAGAUUUCUCCCCAAGUUCGCCACGAAAAACAUAUCUAAGAGGAAGCAACCCAAGGUCAAGAAGGAGAAGAAACCGUACACACCAUUCCCACCGCCACAGCAAGAGAGUAAAUUGGAUAAACAACUGGCUAGUGGUGAGUAUUUCCUCAGCAAAGAGCAGAAGAGGAUGAGGCAGAAGAAGGAAAUGGACGCGAGACAUGAGGAAGCCGAAAAGAAGAGGCAGGAGAAGAGGGCCGAGGCAUUUGUCCCCCCUGAGGAGCAGACUAAAGUGGAGGCUAAAGGGAAAAAGAGGAAAGGUGACUUGAAUAUAGAUGAAAUUAAAGAGAAAGUGCAGAAAGGACUAAAAAAGAAAAAGAAGUCUUAAUUUUUAACCGUCUAGAUAUUCUCGAUAAAUUGAAAAAAUAAAUCCCAUAAAAUUGUUCAUGGACAUCAAA